GUCUUCCAGGUAUAGUAUGGAUAAUUUCUUUAGUCGGCGCGAAUACGUAAAGUAGUAAUAACUAAAUAAGUAGUCCGUCAUAAUAAACCGCUGUUUACAGUACGAAACAACUGUUUUAAUCUCAUUAUUGAACAUUAGUGUAUUUCACUACCGUGACUUUUUUUCGAUAUGGCACCCAAAACAAAUCUUCAGCCCUUUUACCAUGGAUUAGAUGAAAUACCGCAAGUAAAAAUUAAGGAGAUACAGAAAAUUAGGAAUUGGCUACUAACGCAACCACACUUGCCAGAAAUUUCCAAUGACUAUAUUUACGUCUUUCUUUUUUCUUGUCACUUUUCGAUUGAGAGAGCAAAAAGUGCCAUCGAACAUUACUUUUCCAUUAGGACCAACCAUCCUGAAAUCUUUGGUAACAGAAAUACUGAGGAUCCAAGAAUAAAACAUGUAAGAAGCUUGGGACACCUAUGGAGACUACCAAAAACUACUCCAGAAGGGUACAGAAUUGUUAUGUACUCAGUUAGAGACAACGAUCCUACAAAAAUGGUUUUCGCUGAAUGUGUUAAGACGUUCUGUAUGUUCAACGAUAUCGUUCUCUCUGAAGAUGGAAUUGAGGAAGGAUACAUCGUGAUAUUUGAUAUGAAAGGAGUCCAGUUAGGUCAUCUAGCUCGAGUGAGUCUUCCAGCUUUGAGAUGUUUCUUCUUAUACAUUCAGGAAGCACAUCCCGUAAGGAUUAAAGGAGUACACGUGUUAAAUACAGCUAGUUGGAUACAUCACAUAAUGAGAAUUAUAAUGCCAAUGGUGAAAUCCGAAUUGCUUAGUUUAGUAAAAUUCGCCAAAGGGAAUGAACCAGAAGGAUUUCCACUACAACUUUUGCCAGCUGAAUAUGGUGGACAAACAUCUACAGUUGAAGAAUUAGAUAAAGACACAGAAUUACUAUGGGACAAAUAUCACCAAUGGUUACUCGAUAAUGAAAAACUGAAAUCCGACGAUUCCAAGAGAAUUACAAAAAAAUCAUCUUGGUGGAGUUGGUCUCUUUUUGGUAGUAAAACAAACGAAGAAUUGGACGAAAAAAACAUAAUGAAAAAUCUGCGGUAUGAAUGAAAUUCAUUCUGCUACUAUUCUUGUGUAUUUGUUAAUCUUUGGUGUUUUGUAUAUUAUAUUUCUUUCGAAUACAUAAUAGAUCGAAUUAAUUAUCUGUUUAAAAAAUUAUACCUAUAGUGAGAUCACAGUUUUCAGUAAAUGAUGUGAGAGAUGGCACUAUUCUUUAUCUAAAGUAUCUAAUAGAAUACCAAUAUUAGAUCGACCAUUAAGAACCCCUCAGAUCAUGUAAGCAAUCCUUGACAAAUGCGGGUGUAUGUCGUAGUUGAGAUCUACUUUUUCAGUAUUCAAAUUUUUUAUGACUACACUUUUGAACAUUCUAACUUUCGUUGAAAAUACGUCUGGCCCCAUUUCUUAAUGACUUACUAAAUAAUUUUGUUAUAAUUUUGAGGUGAUUAAUUCCUCAAAUUACUCCAUAUAUGACGAGAAAAUUGAAUUUUUGCAGUCUGCGAUAACCAUAAAUGAUAUGAUUCAAAAUAUAUUUAGACAUCUCUAUUCUGCUAUUAAAAAAUCAUUAUUUGCGAUAUUGAAUGAACAAGAACAAAGUUAUCUACAGCAAUUUAUAAACAUAUAAGUUGAUUCUUAUAUAAAAAUCAUAAUUUUGUAUUUUUGUACUUUGUAUAUUUGGUUUAAUUUUACUUUAUUGGAAAUGGAUUUAUGGAUCAUAAAACUGAAUUCAGAGUAUGAAAUUUCAGAGUGAAGCAAAACUAAAUUCGAAUAUAAAAAUUGUUUUGACAUUUAUAUCACUCCCAGCUGCUAGUAGAUCAGUCUCUCGAGUUUCCUCUAACCCUAUUUUUCUUACUAAAACUUGGCCGAUUAACAAAACUGUCUUCACUCAUAGAUAAUAUAUUGAUUGUAGUAACUUUUACUCUAAAAAGCAUUGAAAAAAUUCAUUUGAUCUAAAGUAUGAGACAUUACCCAUAAAGACUAGAGUUAAAGUCAAUAAUAGCUUCUUUUACAUACAUUAACCAUUUAGUUUUUCCUAAACUAUAUCAUGUGCUUUGACGGUUGUUUUUGUAGUAAACUUUCCGGUAAUAUUAACAGCUUCUCUUCGUUAAUAUACGAUCUUCUUAAUUUUUUAGCUAAGCAAUUGAUCUCUGUGGCAAAAAUCGAAUACAAACAUGUACCUCACCAAACAUAAUCAACAGUUACUUGAGCAUACAUUACUCUUAUUGAAACAGGGAAGAGAAUCCCGAAAUUGACUUAUUUUCGUUCAUCUUGUAACAUAAAACAAUUCUAAACUUUUACAACAACUGCUGCCAGAGGCUCCGUGACAAAUAGUGAGAAAUAAUCAAUUUUAUUUUCACUAAUCAUAUGAUACUAUAUUGUUAUUGUUUUGUUUACCUCUUUGGCAUAGAGAGAACUAGAAAAUUUGUACUAGGUCUAUAACAGAAAAAAAACAUUCUUUUUCAAAAGUUUUUAGAAUAAGAUCUAAAGCUUUUGUGUUAUUUGUGAAAAAUCGAUUAAAAAAUAUAUAACAAAUAAAAGUGAAAAAAUAUUAAUUUUUCGAAAAAACUUCAUAGAGUAAUUUGUGCUCAGAAUGCUUUUUUCUAUCGAUUUCUACGGUUAGUUUUAACAAAAAAAUUAUCACCCCCUAGCUGGGGUGGUAUUCAUUCCCAGAGUAAAAGCACAUACUGGCAUAAUUUGCUUUUUAAGGAAUUUACUAUCUAGUGUGAAAAUUUUAAGCAUAUCAAUGCUUCUAGAUGAAACUAACGUAAAAAUCGUUGUUUACUGGACUAAUAGCAAGUACACACAAAUAUAUUAUGAAUAGAAAAGUCUUAGUUACUUUAUAUGUAUAAAUAUAAUUAAUGAUAUACCGCUUGACGGCAAGUUCAUGAGAGACAAUUUUUUAUCUACGCACGCAAACGAAUGUUCGCAAUUAUGACAUUGGACGGCGAGCGGGACAUUUAUUAAUCUUACUUAAUAUUGCUAUAUAUUAUGAUACUUUUUCUUUUCUCAACUUUCUCUUAAUCCAAAUAUGGAAAAGUUUGUAGAUUUUUAAUUAAGUUUAAUAAUUAGAAAACAUAUAACGUUUAUCCCUGACAUUGGAAUGUGCCUCUCUAUAACAAUAAAAUUUAAUUUUACAAUUCCAGUUUCUGCAAUUUUCUUGCUCAAUAAUAUUGAUUUAAUCAGUUUUAAAAAUAGCAUUUGAUUUUUACCAAGUAGUUGUUUUUAUAGUAAGACAAGUUAUAGUAGAAAUCGAAUGCUUCACAUUAUUAUUCAAAAGAUAAAUAGUAAAUGUAUUGUUAAGUUUAAUUUUAAUAAAUUGUUUCAGUUCAA